AUGAAAACACUGGGCAAACAUGACAGCACAAUGGUUCGUGCUACAGAAACAAUCAGUUCCCCAGCGCAUGCACUCCGAGAGAUGAUUGAGAACGUAUUUGAUGCUGGCUGCACACUUUUGACAAUUCGAGUUGGAAAUGGUGGCCUUGAUCAUAUUUCAGUAUCAGAUAAUGGACCCGGUAUCACUGAAGAAGGUCUUUCAAUGAUUUGUGAUGAAGGUGUCACAUCAAAAGAAUUUGGAAAAGAUGUAAGUGGCGGAAGAGGACGAGCAUUAGAAGCAAUUUCUUAUUUAUCAUAUUUAACUAUCGACACUUGUACAGAUAACAGUAACAAUGGUUGGAGAUUGCAAUUUGAUGAAAAUCAUACACGAAAAAUGGAAAAAAUUACGAGACCUAAAGGAACAACAGUUACGGCCCAAACACUAUUUUAUGGGCAACCAGUUCGUAGACAUUAUUUUCUUGAACAUAAAUCGCAGCAAGUUUCAGAUAUAAUCGAAAUUACACAAUCAUUUGCAAUUGCAAGCUCAGCCAAUAUGACCGUUACUCUCGAUAACAAAUUACUCAUACAAGUAUCCACUCCAAAACGUGAUAGCAGGAUCAGUACCGUUUUUGGAUCAGAUAUCAUGAAAGGAUUUGAACAUGGAGAAGUUUCUCUUGAUAAAUGGCAUUCAGAAGCUUCUCUUGAAUAUUACACAGCUACUCCUACAGCAAAUUCCAACAAAAAAAUCUUAUUUAUUGUUAAUAAUCGACCAUGUGUUUGUUCUGGACUUUAUCGCGCAAUCAAAAACGAAUUUAGACUUUGUGCAGGACCGAAACUACCAUCAGGAGUAUUCUUUAUUACUGCUCCACGAAAUACAUUUGAUUUUAUACCGAAUUCACCUCUUAUUUCGAUUUCUUUUGAGCACGAAAAUAUUCUACAGAAGACAUUUUGUGAAAUAUUAAGCUCAGUUUGGAAGAAAUCCAGUGAAAAAUUGACAUUUAACAAUGUAAUCUCAGAAGAACCGAUUAGAUCACUUCCACAGAUGACCAGACUGAAGAACACCGAGUCAUUAGGUAUAGAAUGUCAUUGCCAAGCUACAACAGAUGAUAUUUUGGAAAGAUUUAAAAAUUGCCAAAAUUAUGUACCAGAUUAUGGACUAUCCUACGAUGCUAUUGAGACCAAAGCAUUCAAGGAUAUGGAAAUCAUCGGCCAAUGGAACCAAUCUUUCAUUAUUACCAAAUAUGGUUGUGAUAUUUACGCAAUUGACCAACACGCGGCCAUGGAAGCCCAAAACUUCGAGAAACUAAGGAAGAAAUGUUCGAUACAGAGCCAGCGCCUCAUAUCUCCUAUUGUUAUCAGUGCAACUCCCCAAGAAAUCUCAGCGGCCGAAGAAUGCAAACAAAAGUGCAAAGAAUUCGGUUACGAUUAUGAUAUUUCGGAUAAUUCCAUCCAUGUCAAGAAGAUCCCAUCAAUUACAACUGUUGCUACAGGAAGUGACGAUCUUCUUGAAUUAAUUACGAUGUUGCAUGAAAGCCCUGCAUCACAACCGAUGACAAGGAAGGCCAGGAUAUGGAUGGCUUACAGAGCAUGCCACAGCUCUGUCAGAGUAGGAGAUACAAUGAAUCAUUCCCAAAUGAAGGACCUUUUGAAUAGAAUGGCUCAAUCUGACUUCCCUUGGAAUUGUCCGCACGGAAGACCAACUUGGUGCGAAAUUUGGUCACUUCAAGAAAAUUCUCAAAAUUCUCUUGAAGAAAACAUGAAAGAAGAGAUCCACGAAUAA